CACCAUUUUGCACUCCGGACCGAAGCUGCCCUGUAGUUCCACAGUAACUAAACUACUGUAGACUGCCGCAGGGGUGCAGCACAGCAACCCGCAAUCUGCAACCCGCAGACCGCAGACCGCAAUCCGCUGCCCUGUCGCCCGUCCCGUCGUCGCUCGUUUUCCUCCCGGGACCCAUCGCCGUCGUGCCCAGCCCCGGUGCUCUGAGUACGGCGCGCCUCUCAGCCCAGAACACGCAUUUGACAUUUUGAACCUGCGAUUGUGUGGGCGCCCCCGCAUCGCGACCUACGUCCCGGGGUCCCUACGACACCGCAGAGUCUCAUCACAACAACCCCCGGCCCCCGGCUGUUCCGAGACCCGAAACCUCCGCCGGCACCGUCUCGAGGGUCUCGUUUCCUGCCCAUUGACGCCGCUCCGACCCGACCAUUGGUACUGGUACAGCGCCAGUUGAUGGACGUGCCGACCAUGAGCUCCCCUCCCGCCACGACCGCAAGCCAUGACGGCACGGCAAAAUCCUCCUCCCUCCCGCCCCGGCGGACCGGCAAGCCCCAGCACAUUAACGGGCCGCUGUACAGGCAGGCGAACAGCAAUGUCGUGCUGAUUCGCCGCCCUAAGAGGAAAAACGAGGGGCCCAUGAAGCAGCUCGCCCGGUGGUUCGUCGACAACCAGAUUGGCCUGUCAUUCAACCUCCUCGCCCUGCUCUUCCUCGCCCACGGCAUGCCCCGCGCCAGGGACUACACGGCCAAGUACUUCACGCUUUCGUACUACAACCCGAGCACCGGGAAGUACGGGCUGGGCUGGGCCGACGGCCACUUCAUCCUGUUUUGCGUCGUCGUUCUGACCGGCCUGCGCGCCGCCACCAUGGAGAACAUCCUCGCGCCUCUCGCCAAGUCCCAGGGCAUGUCCAAGCGGAAGGACAUUACCAGGUUUAGUGAACAGGCCUGGAUGGUGCUGUACUACAGCGUGUUCUGGCCCCUUGGUUUGUACGUCUACCGCCAGUCGCCAGCCUACCUGGACCUCCGUGAGCUGUGGACCGGCUGGCCAGACCGUGAGGUUACCGCGCUCGUAAAGGGCUAUUUCCUCGCGCAGCUAGCCUUUUGGCUCCAGCAACUUAUCGUCAUCAACAUUGAGGAGCGCAGGAAGGACCAUUGGCAAAUGUUCACCCACCACGUCAUCACGAGCUCCCUCAUGUAUGCCGCAUACCGAUACGGGCAUACACGGGUAGGCAAUCUCAUCCUGGUCCUGAUGGAUGUGUCGGACCUGGCCCUCGGGUUGGCCAAGUGUCUCAAAUACCUCGGCCACCAGACCAUGUGCGACAUCAUGUUCGGUGUCUUCAUGUUCUCAUGGCUAAUCGCACGGCACGUCCUGUACCUCUGCGUGUGCUACUCCGUCUGGGCCCACACCCCCGAGAUCAUGCCGACUGGCUGCUUUAAGAGCGCUCAGGGCAGUCUCACCGGACCGUUGGAGCCCCCAACCGACAAGGGCCUGCGGUACCUCCUGGAGCCUCUCUGGGAUUCGGAGGGCUUGUUCUGCUACAACGACUCGGUCAAGUGGGCCUUCCUCGCCAUGCUGCUCUUCUUGCAGGUCCUCACCCUGAUCUGGUUCACCAUGAUCAUCCGCGUCGCCAUCAAGGUCCUGAACGGCUCUUCUGCCGAGGACGUGCGGAGCGACGAUGAGGCGGGCGAGGACGACGACGAGGACGAGUUCGUCUACGAGGAGGCGCAGCCGCUCGAGCAGGAGGUCGGCGUCGAGGAGAUUGACCUGAAGCACUGGGAGCGGCGGACGGGCAUUAAGAGGCAGACGUCGGUCACUACGGGUGUCAGUCUGCCGGGCCACAGCGACCGCAAGGAGCUCCUCGGCCGCAUCGGGUGUGAGAAGCAGGUCGAGUGAGGCUUGUGCGUCUGUGCGUUGACGAGAACGUUCAUGCGUGCCACCCAUCUACCUAGCUGCAUAUCUUGGCGUCUUGACGGGGAACGAACGGCC